AUGAUUAUCAUUGUGGUGCUCGCCAUCAUCUACGGCAUGUUGUUCCACAUCGGGACAAGCGAAUCCGUCAAUGUGAAUCUCUCUUUCAUUAAUGUUAUAGUAAAUGAUAGAAGUAUACGUGUUCUUCUGGGCCAGUCAUUCGUAAUGCCCAAGAAGCCACGCCUAUGGAUGAAGUACAUAUGUUUUCUGUUGUGUUACACAAGUCUUAUUAUAUCUACAACAUACCAGGCGUACCUGCAAUCGAAUCUCAUACACCCGGCGUUGGAAAAGCGAGUGGGAUCGUACGACGACAUGAUCAAGGCUGGCCUUAAAAUAGCCAUAACUUCACAAGAGUUGGAAUUCUUGGACAAACCAACAUACAUCAAGUACAAAGAGCUAUUCGUUUCCAUCGAGCCAUACGAUCGUUUUCUAAAGCUAAGGGAGAGUAUGGACACGCGCUUCGUCUAUCCGGUCUCCAACACAAGAUGGGAAGUUUUCAACGAACAACAGCGCCUGUUUCAGAGGACUUUAUUUUAUUACUCCUCACAUCUGUGUCUGAGCAAGCAAGCGUUGCUGGCGGUGCCCUUGCGUCCUAAUUUACCGUACAAAUCGUUAUUCGAUAAGCAUCUGCUGCAUUUACGGGAAACAGGUCUGCUGCAAUACUGGAUAAGUGUCAAUUUUUAUACUAUGGUCCGCUUGAAAAUUACCGCCUUUCGUGAUCUCAGCACCCCAGAAGAAAGUGUCGAUGCGAUAGAGCUGGACGACCUCAAGUGGAUUUGGCUAUUCUAUUGCUCCAAUGUACUUUUGGCCAUUUCCGUUCUAAUAUGUGAACUUAUUUAUUUCCAUAAAGUAACAAAGCACCACUAG